AUGGAAAAGAUAAAUGAAGAAAGGACUGGAGAAGAAGAAGAUAGUGGAAGUGAUUUUGUGUAUGAGCCAAUAAAUGUGAGGAAACAAAAAUUUAUGAAUCAAUUAGUAAGUAGUUUUUUAAAUGAUAAAAAUAAAGGUGAUGAAAAAGAGCAAGGAAAUGAAAAUGAUGAAAUAAGUAAAAAUAUAAAAAAUGAAAAAAAUGAUGAAAAAGAAGAGCAAGACAAUGGGGAAAUGAAAAUAGAUAUGAACAAAAGUUUACUUGAAACAUACUAUAAGAUAAAAAAAGAAAAAGAAAAAAAUACAAAAAUUGAUGAAAUAGAUGAAAUUCGUAAAAAAGAAGAACAUAUAUUAGCUCAAAUAUCAAAGGCAUUAAAUGCUCCAUUACAGUCUGUAAAAGAAAGAUCAAAAGGAAUUGUAUAUAAAAAUAGUUUUAAAACAAUAUGGACAUUACCUAGUAAAUAUAAAAAAAUGCCUAAAGAAUAUGUGGAUAAAAUAAGAAAAGUAUUUUACAUUGAUAUUAGUGGUAAUGAUGUCCCCCCUCCUAUUAAAAAUUUUAAAGAUAUGAAAUUUCCAAAAGCAAUAUUAAAAGGUUUAAAAAAAAAAAAAAUAAAUAAACCAACACAAAUACAAAUGCAAGGAUUACCAUCUAUAUUGAUAGGCCGAGAUAUUAUAGGGAUAGCUUUUACAGGAAGUGGUAAAACUAUAGUUUUUGUUUUACCGUUAAUUAUGACUUGUUUAGAAGCUGAAUUAAGAUGCCCAAUAGAAGAAGGUGAAGGACCAUUGGGUUUAAUUAUAUGCCCGUCGAGGGAAUUAGCAUCACAAACACAUAAUAUAAUAAAAUAUUUUUGUGAAUAUUUAUAUAAAGAUAAAUUUCCUAUGUUAAAGUCACUAUGUGUGAUCGGGGGUGUUAGUACAUAUGAACAAGGAAAAGAAAUUAAAAAGGGUGUGCAUAUGUUAGUAGCAACGCCGGGUCGAUUAAAUGAUAUGUUAAAUAAAAAAAGAAUGACUUUAGAACAGUGUAGAUAUUUAUGUUUUGAUGAAGCAGAUAGAUUGAUUGACUUGGGUUUUGAAGAAGAAAUAAGAAAUGUAUUAGAUAAUUUUUCAAGCCAAAGACAAACAUUAUUAUUUAGUGCUACUAUGCCUAGAAAAAUUCAAGAGUUUGCAAAAUCAACAUUAGUCAAUCCAAUAAUAAUAAACGUGGGACGAGCAGGUGCUGCUAAUUUAGAUGUUAUACAAGAAGUAGAAUAUGUUAAAGAAGAAUUUAAAUUAUCAUAUUUAUUACAAGUUUUACAAAAAACAGGGCCGCCUGUUUUAAUUUUUUGUGAAAAUAAAAAAGAUGUUGAUGAUGUACAUGAAUAUUUAUUGUUAAAGGGUAUAAAUGCUAUAGCUAUACAUGGAAGUUUAGGGCAAACCGAAAGACUAGAAGCCAUUAAUUUAUUUAGGAAUGGAGAAAAAGAUGUUUUAGUUGGAACAGAUGUUGCAUCUAAGGGAUUAGAUUUUCCAUCUAUUGAGCAUGUCAUAAAUUAUGAUAUGCCAAAAGAUAUUGAAAAUUAUGUACAUAGAAUUGGUAGAACAGGUCGAUGUGGGAAAACAGGAAUAGCUACUACAUUUAUAAAUAAAAAUCAAGAAGAAGCUAUAUUAUUAGAUUUAAAAGCAUUGUUAAUUGAGGCUAAGCAGAAAAUUCCACCAUUCUUAGAAAUGCUUGAUAGUAAAGGAAUUAAUUUACAAGAAAUUGGAGGUGUGAAAGGAUGUUCUUAUUGUGGUGGCCUAGGACAUAGAAUAACUCAAUGUUCAAAACUAGAAACACAAACUACUAAACAAAAAAGUUCCCGACAAAAGGAUAUAUUAUCAGGAAAUAAUAAAUUUAACAAUAUGAAUGGUUAUACUGGAGAUUGGUAG